ACAAGUAUUGAGUAAUGAUAUUUCAAGUGCUUUUAGUGAUUCAAAGUAAUUUCAUAUAAUUCUGAUGUCAUAGAAUCAGUUAUGCACUCUUUGACUUUAUUACUAACGACUUGGUAUAAAAAUCUGUUCGUAUAGAUAUCCGUAAUCGUAUUUCUGUUUUUUUUUGAAGGUGACGAGCUUGAUUCAACAUAUUAUUAUGAUCGAGGAAUAGCUCUUCAUGCUUUAAGCUGUCAUUUGGAAUUAUUAAAUCAUUUCUCACUAACAUCAUCCGGUAGACGAUACUUCAUACAAAGUAAUAUCAUUGAUCAAAUGAUGAAUAUCUUACAACAUAAUUGUUUAAUUGAUAAUGCAUGUGAAAAUCAAGAACUCUUUCAUGCGGAUGUUAGUAUUAUUGCAUACAGUUGUAUGUUAUUAUAUAAUUUAGCUUAUGAAAAACAAAUAUUUUCAAUAUUAAAACAAAAAAAUCUUCAAAAUAUUUUUUCUAAAUUACAAUCUUCGAAAGAUAAUACGUUGCAAUUCGUAUAUAAAACAUUAUCAACAAUUCUAAGUCAUGAUGAUAUUGAUGAAGAAAAUGAACCUAUGGAGUUAAAGAAGGCUUAUGCUGAAUAUUUUGAAAAAACUAUUAUUGAAUCAAAACAUAAAAUUACAUUAAGUGUUCUAAAGAAUAUUAAAGAGCGAGAUGAUAAUGUAAAACUUAGGUUUUUAAAUGAAACAUAUUUGACAAAUUUAAGCCGAGAUAUUGAACAUUUAUCUACAACUAAAUAUCCAUCAAAUGCAUUGAAAUAUAAAAAUGUUGCUCGACGAGUUCGUGUUGUUGCAAAACAGGAAACCAAAGAAGUUGAAUCAUUAUUAGAUUCAGUAUUGCAAUGUUUAAAUUCAAAGUUUUAUCUUGAAGUUUUUGAAAAAAUUGAUCUUAACAAAACGAAAGUAACAUCGAGAGCUACGCUAACCAAUUGCGGUCUUGCAGCAAAACAUAUAUUCUUCAUGCGUGAAUGCCCAGAAUUUCUUUUUCGACAUGAUUAUGAACAACGAAAAGAUAUAGCAAAUUCAUUAGGCAAAAAAAUGUUGGAAUAUACUAAAACAAUAUUCGAACAACAUUUAUCUAUUCUAAUCGGAGAUGAAGGUAAAGAAAACAUAGAUGAAACCAAAGCAGCACGAAUGGCAGCAUUAAGCUAUCAUAUAAAAAUAUUAAAUCAUUUUUCAUUGAUACGAUCAAUACGAAGCGAAUUUUUAUCAUUACCAAUCAUCAAUCAAAUACUAUUAAUAUUACAAGAUCAAUCAUUAAUUGAUAGUAAUGGACGUAUUGCUGAUGCUAAAAUUGAAGUUGUUGAACAAGCUUUAAUAUUAUUGUAUAAUCUAGGAAUGAAUAAUGAGAUACUUUCAAUGUUGAGAACAAAAGAUAUUUUCAAUAUUUGUUUGAAAUUACGUCUCAUCAAAGACAAAAUCAUACAUUUUAUGUCACAUUUUUUAUUAAUAAUGUUAAAUACAAAUGUCUAUGAUGAUAUAUAUGAUCCACAUUUAUUAUCAAAAACUUGUAUUGAAUAUAUUGAUAAGUCAGUUAAAGAACCAAGACAAUUGUAUCAAGGAAUAAAACUACAUCGUUUAUUAAAACAUCUUGAAAUUAUUGUUCAAAAUGAUACAUUUAAUGAAAGUCUUGCUGAAGAAAAAGAAGGUAUUUCAGUUAUUACAAAAUGUAUUUGUGUAAAAACUUUAGAUGAGAAAAAUUCUGAUGAUCAAAAACAAGAGAUAUUUAAAAAAAUACAACAAUCAGCUGUAUUUAUUAUUUGGAAACUUUCAUUUUAUGGACCAACAACAAGUACAAAAUUAAAAUCAAAUGAUUUAUUUAUUGAACAAAUUCUUAUGUUAUUAAAUGGAACUUCAAAGAAAUCUAUACAACAUGCAAAGGCAAUCAUAUGGAGAUUAGGUAGUGAAGAAAUGAUACGUUUAGAACAAAUACAUAAAAAGAAACAUCAACGACAAAAUCAAGAAGAUAUAACAGGUGAUGAUCAAUUUCUUUCAACAGAUGAAUGGGAUGAAUCAAUUCCAUAUGACGUUGUAAUUAGUUAUAGUAGCAAUGUUCAUGAUAAGAUUUUAACUAUCAAAAUAUAUAAUCGUUUAUUAUCUAGAGGUUAUCGGGUAUAUAGUGAAAAACAAGGAAAACAUCGAUUAGAAUUAAUGAAAAAAGCUAUAGGAAAAAGAAAACCUAUUCUUGCUUGUUUAUCAACAGCAUAUCGUGCAUCGAAAGUUUGUAUGGCUGAAGUUGAAUAUGCAAAUAAAAAUUCAAGUCCAAUUAUUCCAAUUAUUGUAGAAGUAAAAUAUAAAAUACAAGGAUGGUUAAAACAUAUUAUUGGUGGAAAAAAUCCUAUUGAUUUAACACAGAAAAAUUUUAAUGAUGAACUUUUUGAAGUAUUAGAAGAGAUUGAAAAGACAAAAAGUUUGGAUUAG